UCUUGUGUCGCUCCAUUCCCAAAUCCAAAUCCAAAAUCCAAAAUCCUCUCCUCCUCUUCUCCCCGCCGCCUCCGCCGCCGCUCGCCCUAGCCCUAGAUCCGCUCGCCGGCCAUGUCCACGCGCGCCACUCGCCCCGGGAUGCUCCACCAGAAGGAGAACGCCGCCGACGCGCAGGCCGGCAAGCGCCAGCGCACGGCCGCCGGGUCCGCCGCCCGCGCCCCGCUCUCCGCCAACGCCGCUCCGCCCGCCCCUGACCCCGCCAUCGAGUUCGCCGGGAGGGACGAUGUCGACGCCCUCCUCAACGAGAAGAUGAAGGGCAAGAACAAGAUGGACUACAAGGGGAAGAGCGAGCAAAUGAUGGAAUACAUAAAAAAGCUACGGGCUUGCAUCAAGUGGCUGCUAGAGAGGGAGGAUACAAACCUGGCUGAGAUUGGGAAGCUCAAUGGUCUACUUGAGGCGGCAGAGAAACAUCACUCUGAGAUUGUGGCUCAGCUGAAAAGUGCAAUAGAAGAAUCAAAGGCAAUAAAUGAGGAGCUUCAGAGACAGUAUGCUUCUUUAGAGGAGAAUCUAAAGAGAGUGGAGGCUGAGAAACUGGAUGCCCUUAGGUCUUAUGGAGAUGAAAAGGAAGCAAGGAUUGCUGUUGAGGCUUCCCGAAAUGAGCAUUUGGAAGAUCUUAGAAGGAUUAAGUUGGAGGAAAAACGCCUUAAUGAUCAGAUCAAGAUGCUUCAGGACACAAAUAAGAGGCUUCAAGAAUACAACACUAGUUUGCAGCAGUAUAACAGCAACCUCCAGGCAGAUGCAACGAAGAAUGGUGAAACAAUAGCAAAGCUGCAGAAAGAGAAGAACACUAUGGUAGAAACAAUGAAUGGUUUGAAGGACCAUGCUAACUCUGUAAAGAUGCAGCUAGAUUUGGCAAAGUCUUCCCAAAAUGAAGCUCUAAAACAAAAGACCGACUUGCUAAAGGAAGUUGAUAAUCUCAGGGGUGAACUCCAGCAAGUAAGGGAUGACCGUGAUCAUAAAUUAGCUGAAAUACAUUCCUUGUUGGCCGAUGUAAGUACAUACAAGGAAAUGACUGGAAAGUCGGUAGCAGAAUUGGAUAAUGCCAUGACAAGAAGUACUGCCCUUGAGGAAACAUGUUCGUCCCAAGCAGAGAGAAUUAAAACAUUGGAGCUGCAGCUUGCAUCAGCUAACGAAAAGUUAAAGAGAUCUGAUUUGACUACUAUGGAGACGAUGACUGAGUAUGAGAAGCAAAAAAGAAUGUUGGAGGAUCUGCAAUUACGACUCGAAGAAGCUGAGCAACAAAUUUUGGACGGAGAGAAUUUGCGGAAAAGACUCCAUAAUACAAUACUCGAGCUUAAGGGAAACAUUCGAGUAUUCUGUAGGGUGCGACCUUUAUUGCCAAAUGAAUCAGGAGCUGUUGCUUAUCCAAAGAGUGGAGAAAACUUAGGUCGUGGCAUUGAGUUGACACAUAAUGCUCAAAUGUAUUCUUUCACAUUUGACAAAGUAUUUGAGCAGUCGGCAUCACAAGAAGAUGUGUUCAUUGAGAUUUCCCAACUCAUCCAAAGCGCCCUUGAUGGCUACAAGGUGUGCAUAUUUGCAUAUGGCCAAACUGGCUCGGGUAAAACAUACACAAUGAUGGGAAAUCCAGAAUUGCAUGACCAGAAAGGAUUAAUUCCGAGAUCACUUGAACAAAUUUUCCAAACAAGCCAGGCUCUUAUUUCACAGGGAUGGAAAUAUAAGAUGCAGGCAUCUAUGCUGGAAAUCUACAAUGAAGCCAUACGUGAUCUGCUAGCCACUAAUCGCACAACUGUUCAAGAUGGUGGCGCUUCAAAGUACAGUAUCAAGCAUGAUGCCAAUGGUAAUACCCAUGUAUCAGAUCUCACAAUUGUCGAUGUAUCGAGUAUCAAUGAAGUUUCUUCUCUCCUCAAGCGGGCUGCUCAGAGCAGAUCUGUUGGAAGAACACAGAUGAACGAAGAAUCAUCUAGAAGUCAUUGUGUGUUCACGCUUCGAAUUUUUGGUGUCAAUGAGGGAACAGACCAGCAGGUGCAAGGAGUGCUCAAUCUAAUCGAUCUUGCCGGCAGUGAGCGGCUUAACAAGAGCGGUGCCACCGGAGAUAGGCUAAAGGAGACACAGGCUAUUAAUAAGAGCCUCUCAUGCUUGAGCGAUGUAAUCUUCUCCAUUGCAAAGAAAGAGGAGCACGUUCCGUUCAGGAACUCAAAAUUAACGUACUUGCUACAGCCAUGCCUUGGAGGAGACUCGAAGACACUUAUGUUUGUGAAUCUGUCUCCAGAGGUGUCGUCUACAGGGGAGUCAAUUUGCUCGCUACGGUUCGCAGCACGGGUGAACUCGUGCGAGAUUGGCAUCCCUCGUCGUCAAACCCAAGUGCGUAGCUUGGCGCAAGGAUGAGUUGGCUUGGACAAAAUGAAUGUCCAUGACUAAUUGUAUUUGUGUGUUGUUUGAGGGAUGCAAUGGAUCAUUUGCAUCCCCUCCGUGUGUUGGUUGCUUAGAGGGUGUGUAUAAUAUUCUGAUUUGGCAUGUGGCUUUGUUGAUUGUACGAGCAUCGCAUUGCAUUACAUUACAGAUAGUACUGUAGUAUCUAAUUUGUGGCUGCAUCAAUGUGCAGUGGUAGUAACAAGAUGUGAGGUUGGUUGUAUUUUAUUGGAGAAGUGCCCUGUGUUGUGUUGGGCUGGCUUUGUUUGGAUGAUAAAGACAGACAAGUAAUUGGAAUUGAAAUGCUCUGUUGCUUUUUAGUA